AACGUAUCAAAAACCCCCCUCCCUCUUCUUUCAAAACAUUGACCCCACCAAAAGCUUUGUGCGUCUGUUGAUUUCUUCUAGGAUUUCUUCUUACACUACUCGAAGCCUCGUCUCCCGACUCUCAUUUGCUACCAGCGCAUCCCGAGCAUAUACCGUCAAAAAUGUCUCAAUCAGGAGCUACCGUCUCGCAGGAAUGCGUUACUGCAUACAACGAGCUCAAGCUUGCGAAGAAGUACAAGUACGUCGUCUUCAAGUUGUCCGACGACCUCCGGGAGAUCGUUGUUGAAGAAGCCUCGGCGGAUAAGGACUGGGAGGCCUUCCGUGAGAGGCUUGUCAACGCCACCACCAAGAGCAAGUCUGGCGCUGUCGGCAAAGGUCCCCGUUAUGCGGUGUACGACUUCGAAUACAGCCUCGCCAGUGGAGAAGGCUCGCGAAACAAGAUUACCUUCAUCGCAUGGUCACCCGAUGAUGCCAACGUUAUGGCCAAGAUGGUGUACGCCUCAUCAAAGGAGGCACUAAAGCGCUCUCUGACCGGCAUCGCCACCGAAUUGCAGGCCAACGACCAGGACGAUAUCGAAUACGACACAAUCCUGAAGGUGGUCAGCAAAGGCUUGGCCGGUUAAGCGUACCUACCCAAAUGUAUGGAAAACCCCGAGAACGACCCGCGACGGAAAUUUCUGGGGGAUCGGCUAGUUGAAGGGGCACUCGCGUGCCAAAGGUCUACGACGUCUACGAAACUGCAGGAUGGGCAUAACUCUUUCCCCUGCUAAUACCAUUGAGUAUGGCCAGUUUGGUCGCUUUUUUCUCUUUUUUUCCACUCUUAGAGGCACGACAUGAACCUCCAGAUUUGAUGUUAGCCAAGGGUAUACACUGCAUAAAACAAAGGCCAUAUCGGAAUGUGAAUGAUCCCCGGUGUGCUCUUACGAUUGUUUAUGCCAGUUAUUUAUCACUUCCGUAAAACUACUCUUCAUCCAUACUAUUAAGUACCUAGAAACUGAAUGCUUCUGCUAUCAACAAUGG